AGAAACAGUAAACUUAAGGCAUCAAAUAUCCAAGGAAGGAGAUAAACACAGACCAGACUAGGAAAAGAUACAAUCAGGUUGAAGAUUAGGAUCAUAUUUCUUUUAUUUGAACCAGAAGUAAUAUCAAUAUUGUGAAAGGGUUACAUUUCCAAGAAGGCACCUGUUGGGGAGAAGAGUUGCACUGUUCUCUCAGAGUCGCUGCUACCUGACUCACACUGACGCACUGCAAUGGGUUACUUUUUGUGGGGUUUAGUUACCGACUUUUUCACCUACGAGACCACCAAAUCUGUGGUGGUCAAGAGCUGGUCUGUGGGUAUCAUCAACCGGAUCGUACAGCUGCUCAUCAUCACGUAUUUUGUCGGCUGGGUCUUCAUCCAUGAGAAAGCUUAUCAGCUGACAGACUCCAAUGUUGAGUCCUCUGUGAUGACCAAAGUAAAAGGCUUUGGUUAUAUUGGAACUCUCUAUCAAAAUCGUGUCAUGGAUGUGGCCGACUAUGUGUCCCCCCCUCAGGGUUCAGGCAUGUUCUGCAUCAUCACCAAACUUAUUGUCACUGAAAAUCAAUUCCAAGGACGAUGUGCAGAGACUGAGGAUAAAUUAAAAUGCUCCACAGAUAAAGACUGCUACAAGCAUUUAGGCACCAACCUUUCCAAUGGUGUAAUUACAGGUGCUUGCCUUAAAAACUCCAAUAAAUCCAGCGGUAUGUGUGAGAUUGAAGGAUGGUGUCCAUCCGAGAAUGAUGCCAUCAAUACUGAACCAAUGGAUGUGAAAAACUUCACUAUCUUCAUCAAAAACAGUGUUCGAUUUCCCCUCUUCGAUGUCACCAGGGGGAACUUUCCAUCCACAAUGACACCUGAUCUCAUCAAGAAAUGUAUUUACCAUCCAGAGAAGGCCCCCCUUUGCCCCAUUUUUCGUGUGGGGGAUGUGCUGAACUACACCAAGCAGAAUGUAACUGAACUGUUACGCAAGGGUGGAGAAAUAGGAAUAAACAUUGAGUGGAAGUGCAACCUGGACCUAAACAUUGAGUAUUGUAUGCCCAAGUACUCUUUCACACGACUUGAUGCGCCAUUUGCCAAGAAUGCUGUGUCAAAAGGAUACAACUUCAGAUUUGCCAAAUAUUUUAAGACAGAGAAUGGGACUGAAUUUCGGACUCUUCAUAAGGCUUUUGCGAUCCGAUUUGAUGUUAUGGUCACUGGCCAAGCAGGAAAGUUUAACACAGUCCCAACACUGAUCAACUUGGUGGCUGCCUUCACCUCGAUUGGACUGGGUACAGUUCUCUGUGAUGUUAUUUUACUAAACUUCUUGAAAGGGGCAGAUCAGUACAAAGCCAAGAAGUUUGAACAGGUGUCAGAAGUUCAGAUAGAAACUUCCGUAACUCAGAGCCUGGGCAGCCAGCUGUCGCUCAAACCUGGUAUCAAGAGCUCCUAUGACUCUGGAGCACUUUCUCUCAACACCUAUGACCAACCUAUCUAACCGACAGCAGCAAUGUGAAGAAACGGACUCCCCUCCCUCUUUCUCUUUCCGUUUUUGCCUUAUUAUAAGAGGUAAUUACUUUUAGUGUGGCAAGUUUGUGGAACAGGGUAAAGAAGGAUGAUGUUGCUGCCAUCUCCACAAGAACGAAGGGCUUGUAGCUCACAACAAUAACUGGCAAACUAGAGCCUCUUUGUAGUAAUAAUAAAAUGCAUUUUUUUCUAAGUAGUUUAAUUUUGCAACAUAUUAACUGCAAUAAUCUUCAACAUCAUUUGUCAGCUGAAAAGCAUAACUGAAUAAAUCCCAGACCUUUUUUUAUUUCAUGAUAGCAAGCUGAACUGGAAAACAAAAUAAUACUGAAACACUG